AUUAAAAGAUGAUGAUAGCGGAGACCAUGACCAGAAUGAGGAGAAUAACACACAGAAAGACAGUGAGAAGGAAAAGAAUGAUCGAGAGAAACCGCAGAGUACUACCAAGAGGAAGGCUGUUGUCCCAGGGCCAGCUGAGCACCCCUUGCAGUAUAAUUACACCUUCUGGUACUCCAGACGAACACCCGGGAGGCCUACCAGCUCGCAGAGUUAUGAACAGAACAUCAAACAGAUUGGCACCUUUGCCUCCGUGGAGCAGUUCUGGCGAUUUUACAGUCACAUGGUACGUCCUGGGGACCUGACAGGCCAUAGUGACUUCCAUCUUUUCAAAGAGGGAAUCAAACCCAUGUGGGAGGAUGAUGCCAACAAAAAUGGUGGUAAAUGGAUUAUCCGUCUGCGAAAGGGCUUAGCGUCACGAUGCUGGGAGAAUCUCAUUCUGGCAAUGUUGGGAGAACAGUUUAUGGUGGGGGAAGAAAUCUGUGGGGCAGUUGUCUCUGUCCGAUUCCAGGAGGAUAUUAUCUCGAUAUGGAACAAGACAGCCAGCGACCAGGCCACGACAGCCCGGAUACGCGAUACAUUACGAAGAGUGCUCAACCUACCUCCCAACACCAUCAUGGAAUAUAAAACACACACCGAUAGCAUCAAGGAUAAUUCAAGCUUUCGAAACACAAAAAUCACAUUGUGAGAACAAGAGCUGGCACUAAGCUCCUCUCUCCGUGUUGAAAGCACUGAGAGGUCUCUACCAGUGCCCUCCGACCUCUGAAGGGACUCAUGGGCCACUCUCUCGCACUCCUCCUUGGAGGAAGGAUCCAUCUGAAGCCCUCCAGCAGCGGUGACAAUAGAGGCUGAUUUUGUCAUACACAAACUUUUUUUUAGCAGUGGGGCGGGAGGCCAGCCUUUCAAUUAGCGGCGUGCCCUUGGGGCCGCAUCUUGCAGCACUUUCCUCUCUUUCUCUACACGGCAUGCAGGAUCUCUGGGAUUCUGCCUCAAGAUCGGAGCCUUUUGCUGAGGGAUACCAGUAUUAUAAAUCUCUCUGCAGCUGGGAGGAGCUUCCCAGUUGAGAGUCAGCCCUGUGGUUUUCAAAUGCCCCCUUUCAGCUCUGCCAAUAAAUUAUUGGGUCUCUUUGGUUCU